AUGUACAGUGUCAUUUUCACAGUUGUCAAAUUUGUGCACAGCAGACAUAACAAGUCUGACGAUGAGUACGGAAGAUGCAAGCAGGACAGCCUUGCAAACCAGGUGAUGGUAAGGGUGCAUCGGCAAUAUCCAGUUUCAGAUGAGCCGGGGGAGUCAUGGACUGUGAAUUUCAAGUAUAUGCUGCCUGCAGAAUGGACAACACUGGACCAGAAAGCUUUUCUUGAGUCAAAGUACAACGAUUUUUUGAAGGCACAAGUCGGGGCGUCUGUAAUGCAAUUCUGGGGCCCUGUGUUCUCAGAGUGGUUCAGAAGGUUUCCUGAGGAACUUGCAAUUUUUGGUGAAGCACCGGAAGUCUUGUCAGAAGAGCAAAAGAGGCGAAAGGCACAGCUGUUGAUCUCAGGCAAAAGCGGCUGCUCUGCUGUAAACACAAUGGGCAAAACAAUUUGGCAGAUGCUCACCAACAAAGCCAAGGGCACACGAAUCCACACAGAGGCUGAAGUAUUCUCAAAGAUGAGGUAUGCGGAUGAUGUUCAGGCGCAAGUGAAGGAGAGCAUCGCUUCAGGCAGCCUUACCAAGAGUGAAAAGUUGGGAGCUGUGAAAUUGAUGACACGCACAGCUUAUGAGGACGCGAGUGAGGAUGUUAAGGCCUUGUGUAGGGCAAAGGUUCAGGCAGAACGGGAUGCCAAGGCAUCAGAAAUCCUCAAGAAGACAGAUGGGGCCCCUACCAAUGCGCAAUAUGCUAGGGCACUCACCGAGUGUAUGGGUCCGAUUUCACAAUUCAUGCAAGUCAUCAAAGACAUGACAGGUUGGGAAUGGAGUCUGAUCAGUGCUGGACCAGACCCACGUUUGGACGGAAAUAUAAAUGCUAUGAGGUAG